CCAAGAUCCCGCGGAUCUUUGGAGGAUCAAGAUGCGCCCCGAGCCGGGGUAUAUUUCCUUGGUAAGUUUUGGCUUCGAACUCGUCGUGCGUCGUGUAGUUCCCUUUUUCCUGACCCCCUCUUCGGGUGUGUUUUACAGGGUUUGAGGUGCGGCGCCUCGAGGCCCCCGGUCCCAGAGCAGCGCCUGAUCAAUCGCCUCCACGCAGAGAAGAUGAAGAAGCGGAAGGACACGGCGGAGGCGAAGGUCGAAAGGAAAAGGAAGAGAAAGGCGGGGCACGACAAGGCGUGCAAGCUUGCUCGCGCGGAGGGGAAGGCACAGCCCGCCACACCCGAGUCCUCGGAGGAGGAUGAGGAGGAGGCCUCGGACGCCGAGGACCACGUUCCGAGGGGGGACGGGGAGGGCGCGAGCCCCCCACCGUUCUACCUGUGGGACAAAGAAGAGGAAGCGACCGUGGCGCCAGAGGAGCCGAGGGCCGCAGGGGGGUCGUUGGCGAACCUCUCCCUUGAGGGUGUGGCGCGGGAGUCAUCCUUGCCGGCGGCCGGCGAGGAGUCGCCUGCGCCCCAAGUGCUAAUCCAUGGCCACGAGGCUGCGGCGGGAGAGGAGUCGUCCGCGCUGGCAGCCUCGAGGGACCGGGCUGACACGAGGGGGGCGGCUUCGGGGCAGCCUUCGAGGGACAGCUCGAUGCCCCGAGUCCGGAAGACCGCCACGAGGAAGCGGAGUAUGAGUGCUCGAUCUGGCUCCGGGGCCGUUCCCAAGGAUGCAGUGCGGCUUGCCCCGGUCAAGGCACUCAAGACCGGGCCUCGCAGUACUCCACACACGGCGCCGCAGCCCCCGCCCAUCGUGGAUCUCGAGGCGGCGGCCGCUAGGCUACGGGAGGCCGUGGCCCGAGGGGCUCAGGCGGCUCUGCAAGCCCGGGAGGAGGAGGGUAACGCCGGUCAGAGCGACGCCGGCCAGCGUGGUGCUGGGGCGGCCGCUCCGGCGGCCGACGCUAAGGAGACAGGCCCGGGCGGUGCCGGUGGCGCCGCCCAAACGGCUAUUGGACUUGAAGCCGGUCAGGGCGACGCGGACAGCGCUGCCCGCCCGGCUACAGAAGGAGAAACUGGCGGGGGCGCGCAGGAGCGCCCUGCCGGUCAAGCAGCCGAGGAGACCCUCGUCUUCGAGCCCUCGAGGGCCGAGGACGAGGGCCUCACGGAGGACAUGGCGCAAGAGGCACCAGGGGUUAGGGCUGAGGAAGAGCAUCACCGGCUGUCGUCUUGUCCGAUUCCGGAGUUCUCCACCAUGGCUUCGACCCGAUCCGCGCGCCGCCGGGAGCUGGAGCUGCAGCUGCAGGCGAGGGGCGAGGCCGCGACUUGCUGCACGCCUGGUGCCUUGAGCUUGGCAGCGCCAAAGAUUGGGAGGGGAGGGGCCGAGGGGGUGCCGGAUCUGGGAGAGGAGAAGGGCGACAGGCUUCAGGCGGAACCGCGGAAGCGGAAGGGCGAGGACGCGAGGCAUCGCGAACUCGCGAGGGCCGAAGGCGCGUCGCGGUCUUGCGGUCGCCUCCGCAGGAUGCGGUGCGGCGGCGGCUAG